CUCUCCUCAGCCAAUUUAGGAAUGCUUCAGGAGUCUUUGAUGGAAGAACGGAAUAAUUCAGCUAUCAUGGCUUAUGAAAAAUACCUAGCCGAAACAGCCAUUGCGCUCAACGCCAGCAGGGAAGUUGCCGAGAUGGACGCAAAGGAUGUAGUCGAUUUGGAGAAAGAGUUAGCCAGUAUCAUGGUUCCAAGGGAAGACAAACGGGAUCAUUCAAAGCGGUUGAAUCCAGUCUCGCUGAAUGAUUUGAACUCUAUCUCUGACAACUUGGACAUUGUCCGCGCUCUGAGAACGUCGUUUGACACAGUCAACAUCACUCUGGCAAAAAAUGAGAGGAUAAUUAGCUACUACCCGACAUAUAUUGGAAACCUUUCUUCAGUUCUGCAGAGAUUCUCGAACAGAACCAUACAGAAUCUGUUUGGGUUCAGCUAUGCUGUGACAAGGGUUGCCGGUCUGACCCGGAAGUUAAGGGACAUCAAACUGGAAUAUGAUAUGGUAGUCAAUGGAGUCGAAUCAGAACCACAUCGGAAAGAUUUUUGUAUUCAGAAGACAUCUGCCGCUUUCUGGAAAGGUUUAAGCAAACAGUACGUUCUCAGAAAGUUUCCCAAGGCUGCAAAAGACUAUUUAAAAAAAAUGAUUAAACACUUGAUGAAAGAGUUCCAUAGAAUAAUUGAAGAGGCUACGUGGAUGAGUGGUCAUACCAAAGUGGGAGCGUUUGCAAAGCUGGCGUCUAUGAGGCAGAGCCUCGGUUACCCUGAUGAAGAUUUCGAAGACUCAGACAUUGAAAAGUUCUAUGAAAAUCACACUAUGAAAUACAUGGAUUACUACAACAAUGAGGUGAUACGUUUUAACCAGGCUCGCCAGCUAAUGCUAAAGUCACUGCGACAGCCUUCAUCUAAGAACCAGUGGGAGCUUCCACCUCAUGAAGUCAAUGCAGGGUACGACCCGAAUCAAAAUUUGUUAAUGUUUCUGGCCGGAAUAUUGCAGCCACCGCUCUUCUCGGAGACUUACCAACAUUACAUAAACUAUGGAGGUAUGGGAGUUGUCAUCGGACAUGAGAUCACUCACGGCUUUGACGACGAAGGGAGCCAGUACGACAAAGAUGGUAACCUGCGGAAUUGGUGGACUGAAGAAGAUCGCCAGAGCUUUCGCGACAGAGCGCAGUGUAUCAUUGAUCAGAACUCCAACACCAAUGUUGUUGAAGUCAAUAUAACUCUGAACGGAGUGAACACACAAGGUGAAACGAUAGCAGACAGAGGUGGUCUCAAAGAGUCCUUCAGGGCUUAUCAGAGAAAAGUGAAAAGAUGUGGUACAGAGCUCCUUCUACCUGGCUUACAUCUCACACAAGAUCAACUUUUCUUUCUUGCGUUUGGCCAGUUAUUUUGUGAGAAGUGGAAGCCACCGAUACUGAAGAUGUUGCUGGCCUCAGGAUCUCAUCUACCAGCGAGAUAUAGAAUUAACGGAGCUUUGCAAAAUUCAGAGGAGUUUGCCAAGGCCUACAACUGCCCCCUGGGAUCCUUCAUGAACCCGCAGAAGAAGUGUUCUGUCUGGUAG